AUGGAGAGCCUCAAGUCCUUCUUCGUCAAGCCGGACCCCAAUGCGCAGAUGCGCAAGGUCAACGCCAUGAUCCGGUCCAACAUACGCAAGCUCGAGCGCGACAUCAACCAAGUCAAACAGGUGGAGGCCAAGACCAAGUCCCUCAUCAUCGCCGCGGACCGCCGCGCCCAGCGUGACCCUUCGCGCUCGAAGCAGGCCGCCAAGGAGGCGCGUGACUUUGCGCAAGAGCUCAUCCGCGCGCGGCGCCAGCAGAACCGGCUCGUCACCUCCAAGGCGCAGCUUACCAGCGUGCAGAUGCAGGUCAACGAGGCGUUCGCCGUGCGCAAGAUCGAGGGCAGCAUCCGCGCGUCCGUGGGCAUCAUGAAGAACGUCAACUCUCUCAUCCGCCUGCCCGAGCUGGCCGGAACAAUGCAGGAGCUCAGCGUCGAGCUCAUGAAGGCCGGCGUCAUCGAGGAGAUGGUCGGAGAGACGCUGCCUGUGGACGAGGAGAUGUUUGAGGACGAGGAGGCGCUCGCGGACGGCGAGGUCGACAAGGUCCUCGGCGAGAUCCUCAAAGGCCGCAUGGAGAAGACAGGUCCCAUGCCUAGCGCGCCGGUGGCCCAAGAGCCCGCUGCAAUCGAGGCAGAGGAGGAGGACCAGGACGCCAUGAUGGACCAGAUGCGGAACAGGCUCGAGGCUCUGCGGAGUUGA